AUGGCAGAAAAUGGCCUCAAUCAUCCUGACGUCAUGCGUUCCAGCACCCCUUCUAACUGCAGCCCAGAGCUCCUGCUAAAGCGCCUGGAAUACCGCGUGAAGGUCAGAAAUGCCCAUCAGCAAGAGUUCCUACAGGCUUUCUCGGAAUUUUUCGGAUCCCUUAAGGAGUUUCUGGUGAAAAACCCACAAUAUAUUUCGGUAUUCGAGCUCAUUGCCGAGCCCGAGCGAACAGUGACAUUUCGUGUGCCAUGGUUUGACGACAACGGCACCUUACGCGUAAAUCGCGGAUACCGCGUCCAGUUCAGCUCGGCAAUUGGACCUUGCAAGGGUGGCUUGCGAUUUCACCCCACUGUUUCUUUGUCUGUUGUCAAGUUCCUUGGCUUCGAACAAAUUUUCAAAAACAGCCUCACAGGACUUCAGAUGGGAGGAGGGAAGGGAGGCUCUGACUUUGACCCCAAAGGCAAAUCUAUUAACGAAAUCAGGCGGUUUUGCCAAAGCUUUAUGACCGAGCUAGCGAGGCAUAUUGGGCCUUCCCGAGACGUGCCGGCAGGUGAUAUUGGUGUUGGAACCCGUGAGAUAGGGUUUUUGUUUGGACAGUACAAGCGCCUAUCCUCGAAUUUCGAAGGCGCCAUCACUGGCAAAGCCAUUGGCUGGGGGGGAUCGGAAAUACGCCCAGAAGCUACAGGAUAUGGCUGUGCGUACUUCGCUGACAACGUCUUGAGAAGGCUUUUGAACCUGAGUUUGAGUGGGAAGACAUGCACGUUGAGUGGGUGUGGAAAUGUAGCUGUGUACUGCGCUGAGAAGCUGCUGGAGAUGGGCGCCACCGUUUUGACACUAAGCGACAGCGAAGGCUUGAUUUAUUGCGAAAGAGGAUUUUCGGCUGAAACAAUCCAACUUAUAAAAUUCACCAAGGUAGCAGAUCCGUCGGUGCGCGUAAAGUCUUUCGCAGACGGAGUAGAUAUCGUUUUCGAGCCCAAGGGAACGCCGUGGAGCGUGGCCUCUGAGCUCGCAUUCCCUUGCGCUACACAGAACGAGAUCGACGAACUUGCCGCAGACCAAAUGUGCAAAAAUGGCUGUUUGGUUGUUAUUGAGGGAUCUAAUAUGCCCCUUACACCGGAGGCGACUGAUUUGUUCGCUAAGCACGGUGUUCUUGUCUGUCCCGCGAAAGCUGCCAAUGCAGGUGGUGUAGCUGUGAGCGGUUUAGAGAUGAGUCAAAACGCCGCACGAAUGCAAUGGACGCGCAACGAGGUAGACUCAAGGCUGAGGCAAAUAAUGAGUGACAUAUUUGAAAAAUGUGUUGCGGCAGCUCAAGAGUAUGGCAAGAACGAGAGGGACUUAAUUGCUGGAGCGAAUGUCGCUGGUUUUCGCAAAGUUGCUGAUGCUGUCAUAGCCGAAGGCUACGUGUGA